AUGAGAAGAGUACCAGCACUUAAUUCCCUCGGUCAUUUCAAGAGAUCGAGUUUAAAGUUACUAAGAGUUUCUAGUUCCCUUAGUCAUAACUUACCUAAUCCAAUGUCUAGUUUAUCUCGUCAAACAAGUAGUUGUUCAAUUAUGCUCUCCCCUCUCGAAGACUUAAGUAAAAAAGAAGUGGAACCUAUUAUUUAUCAAGUAGAUUUAAUGUCUAAUUGGGGCCAUCCUGAUAAAAUUGCUUGUUCCGCAAUUUGGUUCCUCGAUAAAGAAAGACAUAUAAUAAAUCCGACAAAAAUUUCAUCAAUCCCUUACAGUACUCCUGAGAUGCUUAAUAGACUUAGCGGAGUUACUCUUCUAAAACAGGAAGAAAAUUUAUUAUGGUAUAAUCAAUGGCCUCCUGAAGAAACAAAUCAAAUAUCAUUAGUAUUUUUCCUACCGGGCGAUCAGACACCCGCUUAUGCAAGAAUUUGGAAUACUACAUCACUGGGUGAUGCAUCUGUUCGUAAAGUUUCGAUUUCUUGUGGAAAAGAGAUUCUAUAUAUCGGAGAAAUUCCAAGAUGCUACGGAACCGAUGUUCAAUUAUCUCAGCAAUUCGUAAAACCAACAAAUUCUUUCGAAAUCAUUGAAGAACUGUUCGGAAAGAAAGAUAAGGCAAACAUAUUAAACGAUAAAUACGGUUUGAUGCCUCUGAAACCAGUUAAACAAGUUGAAAUUACAAUUCUCGAUAAUUACGGCGGCCAACAGUACUUCGGACUGAACGCCAUAGAUUUUUACGAUGAGAACUACGAAAGCAUACCUUGGUCGCACAUAGAUGAUAUUAUUAUUAAAAAUUGUGCCAGAUUUUCCGACCCGAAGAAGUUGUUUAAAGAUAUUAAAGAAACAGACGAUGACUCCGAGAUGUUUGUAGCAGAGAUUGACAAAGAAAAUCACGCAACUCCGAAAAUUUCUAUACUUUUCAAGAAUCCUGUUUUUAUUUCACAGGCAGUGUUCUGGAACUACAACUCUCCAUCGCGUGGAGUGUCAAUCGGUGCGAAAUACGUAAAGCUGAGCAUGCACAAUUCGGUGAAAUGGUGCGGAAAGAUAAAGAAGGCUACAGGACUGAAGGACUCUGUUGGAGGAAGCACAACAGCGGUCUGGUUUAUCGAUAUCGAAGAACUUUAUAAGAAAGAAUAUAAUACUAACCACGGAUAA